AUGGCCGCCACUUUUGACCAGAAGGACAUCACCGCCGUCAACAACAUCAGGACUUUGGCUGCCGACGUCGUCGCCAAGGCCAACUCCGGUCACCCCGGUGCCCCCAUGGGUAUGGCUCCCGUUGCCCACGCCCUUUUCACUCGUCACUUGAGGUUCAACUCCAAGAACCCCAAGUGGAUCAACCGAGACCGAUUCGUGCUUUCCAACGGUCACGCUUGUGCCCUCCAAUAUAUCCUCCUCCACCUUGCCGGUUACGAGGUUUCUUUGGAGGACCUCAAGCAGUUCCGUCAGAUCGACUCCAUCACCCCUGGUCACCCCGAAGUCGGUGUUACCCCCGGAAUCGAGGUGACCACCGGUCCUCUUGGUCAGGGUGUUUCCAACGCUGUCGGUCUCGCCAUCGCCCAGGCUCACAUGGGUGCCGUUUUCAACAAGGAGAACUUCAACCUUAUUGACAACUACACCUACACUUUCCUCGGUGACGGUUGUCUCCAGGAGGGUGUCGCUUCCGAGGCCUGCUCCCUCGCUGGUCACUUGAAGCUUGCCAACCUUAUCGCCGUCUACGACGACAACAAGAUCACCAUUGACGGUGACACCGCCGUCUCUUUCACUGAGAACGUUGAGGCCCGAUUCAAGUCUUACGGCUGGAACGUCCUUCAUGUCGAGAAGGGUGACGACGACCUUGCCGCCAUCGAGGCCGCCUUUGUCGAGGCCAAGAAGUCCAAGGACGCCCCUACCAUCAUCAACCUCAAGACCACCAUUGGUUUCGGCUCCCUCAAGGCCGGUGGUCACGAUGUUCACGGUGCCCCCUUGAAGAAGGAUGACAUUACCCAGCUCAAGAAGAAGUUCGGCUUCAACCCCGAGGAGAACUUUGAGGUCUCCAAGGACACCCUCGAAGUCUACCACAAGGCCGCCGAAGCCGGUGCCAAGGCCGAGGAGGAGUGGAAGACUCUCUUUAAGUCUUACAGCGAAAAGUACCCCAAGGAGGCUGCCGAGCUCGAGCGACGAAUUGAAGGUCGACUCCCCGAAGGAUGGGAGAAGGCUCUUCCCACCUACACCACUUCUGACGCCGCCGUCGGAAGCAGGAAGCUGUCCGAGACCACCAUCUCCAAGCUUGCUGAGGUUCUCCCCGAGCUUGUCGGUGGUUCCGCCGACUUGACUGGCUCCAACUUGACCCGAUGGAAGGAGGCCGAGGACUUCCAGCACCCUUCCACCGGUCUUGGUUCUUACGCGGGCCGUUACUUCCGAUUCGGUGUCCGUGAGCACGGUAUGACUGCCAUCUGCAACGGUAUCGCUGCCUACGGCGGUCUCAUCCCCUUCGGUGCCACUUUCCUCAACUUUGUGUCUUACGCCGCCGGUGCCCUCCGACUUUCCGCCUUGUCCCACCUCCAGGUCCUUACCGUCGCUACUCACGACUCCAUUGGUCUUGGUGAGGACGGCCCUACCCACCAGCCGGUUGAGACCGCUGCUUGGCUCCGAGCCAUCCCCAACCUUGCCUUCUGGCGACCCGCUGACGGUAACGAGUGCUCCGCCGCUUACCUCGUCUCCAUCCUCUCCAAGCACACCCCUUCCGUGUUUGCUCUCUCUCGACAGAACUUGCCCCAACUCGCCAACUCUUCUAUCGAGAAGGCUGCCAAGGGUGGUUACGUUGUUGAGGAAGUUGAGAACGCCGACGUUACCCUUGUCUCUACUGGUUCCGAGGUGACCCUGUGUCACCAGGCCCUUGAUGAGCUCAAGGCCAAGGGUGUCAAGGCCCGACUUGUCUCUUUGCCCUGUUUCGAGGUCUUCAACUCUCAACCCAACGACUACAAGCUCAGCGUUCUUCCUUCUGGCGCCCCCAUCCUUUCCGUUGAGGCUUACGCCACCUUCGGUUGGGGAACCUACUCUCACGACCACUUCGGUCUCAAGGCCUGGGGUGCCUCCGGUCCUUACGACAAGGUCUACGCCAAGUUCGACAUCACCCCUGCUGGUAUUGCCAAGAGGGCUGAGAAGGUUGUUGACUUCUACAAGAAGCGUGGCCAGCCCGUCUUCUCUCCUUUGAUCUCUGCCUUGGACGACAUCACCGAGUAG